AUGGGCUGUCUCGGAAACAGCAAGACCGAGGACCAGCGCAACGAGGAGAAGGCGCAGCGCGAGGCCAACAAGAAGAUGGAGAAGCAGCUGCAGAAGGACAAGCAGGUGUACCGGGCCAAGCACCGUCUGCUUCUGCUGGGUGCUGGAGAAUCUGGUAAAAGCACCAUUGUGAAGCAAAUGAGGAUCCUUCAUGUUAAUGGGUUUAAUGGAGAGGGCGGCGAAGAGGACCCGCCGGCUGCAAGGAGCCACAGCGAUGGACUAUAUAACCCCUAG